CAUCAGUCCAUGGCGCAAACGGUCGUGUUGUGGACUUUUCGGGUCACUUUAUCUAUAUUCCAUUGCGACAAGAGGAAAAAUACAUCCUGGCUCAAGCGAUGAAAUUAUCUUGCUUGUCACUGCGGGUAGUCUAGUUAUCUAAGGAUUGAGUGAUCAGCCAAGGCGAGGAGAGUCAAUACGUUCGCAAAGGCUCAUCCAACUCCAAGGAGCGCUUUCAGACUCCCAAUACCGUUGAUGAUGGAUCGCCUACGGUCUUGUUUGCUCGCCGUCUUCGCAUUGGUCUCACUGGCAGCGUCUGAAGCACCACAAGCCUCCAAACCUAAUAUCGUGUUCGUCCUGGUCGAUGACUGGGGUUACGCAGACGUUGGUUUCAGGAACCCAGCCAUCAAGAGUCCGAUGUUCGAUGAGCUCAAGUCCACAGGAGUUCUCCUGGAUCGCCAUUACGUAUUCAAGUACUGUUCACCUAGUCGUGCCUCGUUGAUGAGUGGACGAUGGCCACAUCACGCACAUCAAUGGAAUAUCGUACCGCAAACUGUUCCUCUCGGACUGAAUCUCAACUUCACGGCAAUGCCGGCCAAGCUCAAACAAGCUGGCUACUCGACACACAUGAUAGGCAAGUGGCAUCUAGGAUUGAAGAGCGAAGACUACCUACCCGUGAAUCGUGGAUUUGACACAAUGACUGGAUUUCUUACGGGCGGCGAGGAUCACAACACGCAGAAAGUGCAGUGCGGAACGGACUUCUGGACGAACAAAGCUCCAGAUUCACGUAACGGCACGUACGAUGCGUACACAUACCGUGAUGUGGUCGACGAGAUAUUUGAUUCGCACAACGAAGAAGAUCCCUUCUUCCUCUACCUAUCACUACACAAUGUUCACUCUCCGUUCGAAGCUCCAGAUGACUGGGUAGACUUGUACCCUGCUAACUCGACGUGUAAGCAGAGGCGCAUCUACCAAGCCAUGGUCAGCGUGGCUGACAACGUCACAGCUCUAGUAGUGCAGCACUUGAAGGCGAAGGGAAUGUGGGACAGUACGUUGUUCGUAGUGUCCGCCGACAAUGGAGGGGCACCGUGUGGAGGUAGCAACUACCCACUCAAGGGCGCUAAAGGAACGUUUUUCGAAGGCGGUGUUCGCAGCCUAGCGUUUGCCAACGGAGGUCUUCUUCCAGAGAAGAUGAAAGGAACAUCGGUCGAAGGCUACAUCCACAUCGCCGACUGGUAUCCGACAUUCUGCGGACUGGCUGGUGUGGACCCAACUGACACUGGUCCAGGGAAAUUCCCCGUGGACGGUGUGGAUGUUUGGCCACUGUUGACUGGAGCGGCCACACAAAGCACGCACGAGGAGAUUCUACUGGGCUUCAACUUCACAGAAGCCGAUCCCGAUCAAGGCGCCAUCAUUGUGGGCGACUACAAGCUUGUUGUGGGGCAGCAGAAGGGACAGUGCGACUUUCUGAUGCACUCGCCACUCGACUACCCUUGCACACAGGGCCCUACUCUACCCGACUGCAAUCCCAAUUGCCUGUACAACAUUAAAGCGGAUCCGCGCGAAACAAGCGACCUCUACCAUUCCGAGCCGGUCAUCGCCAAGCAGCUCCUGGCACGUUACAUGAAGUACUCCGAGGAGCCACGUGACCAGCAAGACCAAGGCUAUCACAACCAGCACACGCUGCCCAAUGCAGCGUCAGUGGCUUGUCCGUACUUUGCCGCCCAUGGGGGCUACUGGCGCCCGUGGCUAAGCGGAGGACAGUGAAGCUGAGCCAAAGAAGGCAGUCCCAAGCUGAGUGACAAUGGCAUACAAAUUUCGUCUUUAAUCGUCUUUAGCUUUUCAAAAUAUUUAAAAUUUCAACUCUUUAUUGGUAUCAUUUUGUUCAUUAACGCAACAAUCUCUCCCCCCCCCUCUUUUCCAUGCUUUCUCAGCCAACACGGUGCUACUGUCGGUAGCUAUUACAGUAACAAAAUGCUAAAACAUUCCAAACAGCGAAGGGGUUACGGAUACUUGUGACAAUUUUUGUAGACAAUCUGCUCAAGCUAUGUAUCAUUGCUGGAAGGCGGACAGGACCACUUACGUGCAACAAGUAGAUGGCAUGCAUUGGUUCGUGGCUACAGUUAUCUUUUCUUCAAUUUUCCCCCAUAUCAGUUAAUCGAUUUGAUUCUCAGAGACGCCUUUCAACCUCACUCGCCUUCUCCAGGCCACUAUUAUGUAGUGUGCUCUUGAGGUAGAAACUAAUGUUACUUCCUCAGCCUACUCAAGCUCGAAUGAUAAGGGAUGAAUACCCUGAUAGACAUUGGCCUAGUGGACUUA